AUGAGUGGAAACAAUUUGAAAUUGAGGAUGGACUUUCCUGUCCAGGAGGAGAAAUCAGUGAAGUUUCUUCAAAAAGUAAAAUCUUUUAACAAACGUUUUAACACCACGCAAGUUGAGUUGAAUUUCGAACUCAAAUGUCCCACUUCGAAUACCUGUACGGAUUGGCUGGAGAAAGUUUUCAACGAAGUUAUUGGAACUAUUCAACAGGAAGGAGAUGAGGCAGACAAAGUAAUCCUCGAGAUCUUUCUUGAAGUGAAUCCUAGCAUCAAGCCCAUAUUCUUGGGUCUUCGUUCUCUGAGGACCUUAACAGCGGAGGCAGUAAUUUCAGCUUUGGAGAAAGUACAUCAAAGUACAAUAGUUUUUAAUGCAGCCGAUGUCCUCAGUGUGCGAGCUUAUUUGCUUCAUCAAAUGGAAGGACGGGGAAAACGCCAUAAUCCUGGAAGGAUGAAUCUGGCGGAAAUGAGGCAGUACAAGCAGAAAAGCAUAGUAGACAUCUCUGGGCCAACUAAUUGCUUACCAACCUCAAUUGUUGUUGAUUCAUAUUGCCGUAAUUGCACCCCCGUGGAACAUGUUUUUGAGAGCGACAGCAACAGAUCAGCGGUAGCAAAAUUUCUAGAUUAUGUACUUACCUUUAGGCCUAUGCCCACUGUUGCUAUCGCUCACAAUGCCAAAGGCUAUGAUGCGCAGUUCAUACUCGAAGAACUGUGUCAGAGGGAAGAGAAGAUCGAACCUAUUCUACAAGGUUGCAAAAUAUUGUAUGCGAAAGUUAAGGGAGUCACAUUUCUGGACUCCCUAUCCUUUAUUCCCUUCCCUCUGUCACAGUUCUCAAAGAGUUUUGGACUGCCCGAAUGCGAUAAGGGAUAUUAUCCCUACAAAUUCAACACCACGGAAAAUCGCUCUUAUAUUGGACCUUAUCCCCCAAUUGAAAUGUACCCAAUUGAAUCCAUGUCCUCCCAGCAAUAUGCCGAGUUUUUAGAAUGGUAUGAGCAAGUCAAAGAACUCCCCUUUGACAAUCGUAAAGAACUCAUCCAUUACUGCCGUCAAGAUGUUAAAAUCCUGAUGAUGGGAUGCCUCAACUUUAUGCACUCCUUUAUCGAAACCACAUCUUUGAAUCCAUUCUUGCAGGCUAUCACCAUAGCUGACGCUAGCAAAAUUUCUCUGAAAUGGCUCGUGUAUAUGAAGGAAACUUCCCAUCCCAACAUAAAGUAUGAGGUCAAAAUUCGCGGAUCUCGAUAUAUUGCUGAUGGGUAUGAUGAGGCUUCUAACACUGUGUAUAGUUUUGAGGGUUGUUUCUUCCAUGGACAUACAUGCUUUCUAAAUAGAGGGCAUGCAUUCUCAAAGAAACCCAAUGAUAACAUGCAGAGUCGUUAUGAGAGCACUCUAAAACGAUUGGAUCACAUUCGUCAAUUGGGGUAUAAUCUUGUUUCAAUAUGGGAGUGUGAAUUCCGUCGGAUGUUGGAAGCAGACCCUGUGCUUGCGGAGAGACUAAAUAAUCACCCUGAAGUUGUAGAUUCAGGGUUUGAUUUGCGAUCAGCGGUUUACGGGGGCCGAACUGAGGUAUUCCGCACAUAUUACAAAUGUCGCCCCGGGGAUAAAAUUUAUUACUAUGACUUCACGUCACUCUACCCGUGGGCAAACAAAUAUUCGAAGUAUUUUGUCGGGCACCCAAAAAUUAUCAAAGACAUCCCAAGUCAGGAGGAUGUAUUGAAGCAUGAUGGUGUGGUGAAAUGCACCAUUCUCCCACCAAGAGGCCUUUACAUCCCCUGUCUUCCAUUCAGGUGCAAUAACCGACUCUUCUUCCCUCUCUGUCGAAAAUGUGCGGAAGAACUCAAUACUGAUCGAUGUCUCCAUUCAGACGAUGAAAGAUCCCUCACAGGAAUAUGGUCCAUCGAUGAAGUCCGUCUCGCUGUUGAUCAUGGCUACGUCAUCACGAAAUGCUUUGAAGUUUGGUCAUACAGAACUUCACAAUACAAUCGCGAGACAGGCGAACGUGGUCUUUUUGCCGAUUACGUCGAUAAUUUUCUUAAAAUUAAGCAGGAAGCUAGUGGAUGGCCCUCGGGAGUUGAAUCCGAAUCCGAUAAAGAUAAUUAUAUCAGCGAAUUCUUUGAAAAUGAGGGGAUACAGCUUGAUAAAGACAACAUACGCGUUAACAAAGGCAUGCGUUCUCUUGCAAAAAUUAUGUUGAACAGUUUGUGGGGCAGAUUCAUAAUGCGGGAGAAUUUCACGAAAACUACAAUUUGUAAUUCUCCUGAGGAAUUGAAUGCACUUCUUUCAUCAGAAGCAAUUGAAAUUGUACAAUUCUACCCCGCAAGCGACAACCAAUUUAUUGUUUCAUGGAAGCACAUUCAUGAUUCUGAGCCUCCAUCGAAAUAUGUAAAUAUGGGUGUCGGAAUCUGCACCACAACCAAUGCAAGGAUCAAGUUGUAUUCCAUCUUAUCAAAGAUAGGACAUAAUAUUUUUUAUUGUGACACGGAUUCAGUCAUCUACGUAGUACCUGCAGGUGAAGAGAAUCCUCUUUCCACUGGUAAAUUUUUGGGGGAAUUAACAGACGAAUUGGCUGAUUUCGGUGAGGGAGCCUUCAUCGAAGAAUUCCCUGAUUCCCACGCUGCUGUCCCCUUCCUACGACAUGUCCAUGGAAUGUCCGAGGACAUUUACAUCACGCUGCUGUCCCCUUACUACUAA